UUUAAAAAAAGAAAAAGGGAUAAUAAAAUAAAAUUUAAGUGGGUGAAGUGAGUCCCAAUCUCAAGUCUUAAGUUGAGUAUUGAAAUUUUUGAAGAAAAAUGGGAAAAGUGUUAAGUAUAAAUCUUAAGACUCAAAAUGAUGAUGUCAUCGCAGGGAAGACGACUUGGCUAAUUACUCACUAACCCGAGUGCAAUUUUCUAACACAAAUUCUAACACCAAAACUACUGUACAUUCCCGCCAACAACAGAGUUCAUAGGCGCCUUUCUCAUCUGAAACCUUUCUUCUUCUAAACCUAAAAACCCCUUCAAUUUCUCUCUCCCAAAUUUCUUUCAAUUUCAUCGAAUUAGUUCAAUUAUAUUUGUGCCCUUAAAAAAUGGGGAUACAAGGGCUAUUGCCGCAACUAAAAUCGAUAAUGUCGCCAUUACACAUUAAGGAAUUACAGGGUUGUUGGGUUGCCAUUGAUACCUAUUCUUGGCUACACAAAGGUGCCUUAUCUUGUAGUACCCAGCUUUGCAAGGGUAUUCCUACUUCUAGGCACAUUGAUUAUUGUAUGCACCGAGUCAAUUUGUUGCGUCAUUAUGGUGUCAAACCCAUUCUUGUUUUUGAUGGAGGUGAUUUGCCUAUGAAGGGUGAGCAGGAAAAUAAACGUACACGCUCUAGGAAAGAAAAUCUAGAGCGCGCUAUUGAACACGAGUCAAGUGGAAAUUCAGCUGCUGCCUAUGAAUGUUACCAAAAGGCUGUUGAUAUAUCCCCAGCAAUUGCUCAUGAAUUAAUUCAGGUUUUGAAGCGGGAAAGUGUUUGCUAUAUAGUGGCCCCUUAUGAAGCAGAUGCGCAAAUGACAUUCUUGGCAAUUACUAAGCAGGUUGAUGCUGUGAUAACAGAGGACUCAGACCUCAUUGCAUUUGGUUGCCCAAGAAUCAUUUACAAGAUGGACAAAUAUGGACAAGGUGUUGAAUUUCUGUAUCAAAAGCUACAAUACAACAAGGAUCUAAAUUUUGCGGGAUUUACUAAUGACAUGAUACAAGAGAUGUGUAUUCUUAGUGGCUGUGACUAUUUGCCAUCACUUCCUGGCAUGGGUCUGAAAAAAGCCUAUUCCCUAAUUAGCAAAUUCAAAACGUAUGAAAAGGUAAUUAAACACUUGAGGUAUAGCUCGGUUGCUGUUCCUCCUCUCUAUGAGGAAUCUUUCAAGAAAGCAGUGUGGACUUUUCGGCAUCAAAGAGUUUAUGAUCCAAACAAAGAGGAUAUUGUGAACCUAACAAAUAUCACAGACAGUAUUGAUGGAGAUACUGAUUUUUUAGGCCCAUUGAUGCCUCAACAAGUAGUCAAAGCCAUAGCAAAAGGUGAUCUUGAUCCGAUAACUAAACUACCAUUUCAGGAUGAGAAUGGUCAUGAGAAUUCAGUGUUGCAUACAUCUUCUCAACUCAAAGAUUUUAGACCUGAAAGCAACAAGAAGAAGCUGGAUUUGCCUGUGCAGAAGAAUGUUAUGACUAACUACUUCUGUUUUGCAUCACUAGAAGCAAAGAGGAAGUUCAGGAUCCCUCGAGUCUCACCAAAAGAUUCAGAUUCAGGAAAUGACUCCCCUACUCUGAUGAAACAAGUUUUUGGAUCCAACAAAGCCUGUAAAGCAGAUGAUUCACCAUUUGAAUCCUUGCUUGAUCAGGUGGUUCAGGGAGAUAACGUGUCUUCUCAUAAUUCUAUGAAGAAUGGGUUUUCCCAAAAAGAGGUUGAAGAUAAUGACUCUCCAGUUGAUGGAAGUCUGGGGCAAAAUCCUUUGGAGCAAUCCCAUCGUUCAAUUCAUAAACCUUGCUUAGUAUUGCGUAGGGGGAAUGUUGAUGAGCAUGGUCUCGGAAUAGUCUCAGAAAAGGAAAACCUGCAGGAGCAGGAAUCCCCUGUCAAGAGCUCUUCUUUUCAUCAUAAUUCAGUAUGUGAGCGUGAUCCUGAUUGUAAAACUAACAGGAUGACUUUGAGGCGUUCUUAUUUUGUAGAUAAGCCAGAUGAGGAUCAAUUAUUGGGGUCUGGUAAAAAGGUUGUCAUUAAAAGUUCCUACUUUAAGCCUAAGUCGAAAACCACUGGAAGUUUUGUAAAUGAUAAGUGCUUAGUCAAAGACAAUUCUUCUAUUGACGGUGACAAUAGUGAAGAGUGUUUACCAGAAAUGGCUGCAGUUGGUAAUAACUAUGAUGAAGACUUGUAUAUUAAAAGAAAAGCUUCUUCUAGUCUUGACCCUGAGGAACACGUAGAGAAAAAGCAUGCUCGAACAGAUACAUAUGAGGAAGCAAAAGGUGCUGACCUUUCAGCUGGUGGUGAUAAAACAACAGAUGUGGAGCCCAAAGAAGAAAAAUUUGGGUGCAAAAUUUCCCAUUUGGGACAUUACUCUGAUAUAUCUGGGAAAUCAAUUGAAAAAUUCGUGUCUGUAGUAUCAUCAUUUAAAUUUGGCUCAUCUGGUUCUCGUGCCAGUGGACUCCGUGCUCCAUUGAGAGAUGUUAAAAACACUUAUCCUAGCAGGACACCUGCUGCCACUGAGAUUGGAAACUUCUCAUACAUACCCAAGAGUACGAAAAUCAAGGUUAAGAGAGCAUCAUCUCAGAGGCUCUGAAAAUUGGACAGUUUGUCGAUGAAUCCUUGAUUGGUUAAUGGACAUUACGCUUAUUUUCAGUGCCUCACACUGGAGGCAGCAAUCGCUUUAAACUACUACAACUACGUUGUAACCAUACAAAGAAUCUGCCUCAAUUUUGAACAUUUGGGUUGCAGUACUGUACUAUCGUCUCUUUUUUCUGAUUUUAGAUUCCAGUAGCUUUUGAUUCAUUAUGACAGUACAUCCUUAUUUUAGGCCUCUGGCAGCAUAAUUUUGUAUAUAGUCUGUCUUCAUUGUUGAUACACCUCCAUUCUUUUCAAUGAAAUUAAAUUGUAUUUACACCUUUAUAUGGAUGUCAAGACACUA